ACACCUCAACCACAACUCUUCAAUUUCCACAAUCUACAAAAUUAACCAAAUCCUUAAACCUAUUAAGAUUUCUUCUUUGCUCUUUCAACUCCAAAAUUCAAAUAACUCAUACCCUAUUAUCAUUAGUUUCUUGUUUCCACUAAUCCUAAACGAUUUGAUUUAUCUUCAUCUCUCACAACCACAAAUGUUUCUAUCAAAGCAUGGCCCAAAAUUCUUCAAAUUUAGAAGUCCGGUUUCUUUUCUAUGUCAUAUCUUUGGUCUAUUCAAUUUCUAAGAUACCCUUUUAAUUCUUUUCAAAAUCUCUUCUACCACAAAUAUUUUCAACAAAAAAACUCAUCACCCUUUUGGCUAACACACAAUUAGUGGUGUGUGAAUUUUUUGUGGGACAACACAAGCAUCGUUAAAUAGUUUCAUUUCCUUACUAUAUAACUUCUUCUCAAAUAUCUUAAUUUCUUGUAUUUUUCUUAAGAUAUUUUUUGACACCAAUGGUUCAUAAAAAAUUCUACGAAAUUUCAUUUGGUUUUGUUGAAAUGGCUUGGAUUAUGCUAAGUGUUGACUACUCAAGACUUUUAUGGCAAUUAUUUGGUGUUUUCUCAUAUGAAAAUCAUUGGAAGCCUCGGAUCAUCUAACACCUAGCUACCUUGACUUGAAUCUUAUAAGCUAUAGUUGAGAAUACAUAAAUAUAAUUUUCAGUACUUAUAUCUAAAAAUUAAUUCAGAAUAUAGUUCUUAGAGCCAUGUUUAAGGGAAGAAUAGGAGGCAAAGCUCAGCUUGGAUAUGUUGAAACGGACCCUUCAGGUCGAUAUGGACGUUUCAGGGAUAUCCUUGGCAAAGGAGCUAUGAAGGUAGUGUAUAGGGCAUUUGAUGAAGUUCUAGGAAUAGAAGUGGCAUGGAACCAAAUCAAGCUUGAUGAUGUUUUUCAUUCACCAGAUCAACUUCAACGUCUCUAUUCAGAGGUUCAUCUCCUAAAAAACUUGGAUCAUGACUCUAUCAUGACUUUCCAUGGUACUUGGAUUGAUGCCAAUUGUAGAACCUUCAACUUCAUCACUGAAUUGUUCACCUCCGGCACUCUAAGAGAGUAUAGAAAGAAGUAUCCUCGUGUAGAUAUCAGAGCAAUAAAGAAUUGGGCUCGCCAGAUUCUAAGUGGUUUGGAGUAUUUGCAUAGCCAUGAUCCUCCUGUGAUACAUAGAGACCUAAAGUGUGAUAACAUCUUUGUCAAUGGUCAUAUGGGUAAGGUCAAGAUUGGUGAUUUAGGGCUUGCAGCAAUUCUUCGUGGCUCCCAACAUGCACACAGUGUCAUAGGUACACCAGAAUUUAUGGCACCAGAAUUGUAUGAAGAGGAAUAUAAUGAGUUGGUAGAUAUAUACUCUUUUGGCAUGUGUAUGAUAGAGUUGUUCACUUCUGAGUUUCCAUACAGCGAGUGCUCCAACCCUGCUCAAAUAUACAAGAAAGUUACUUCUGGGAAGCUACCAAAGGCAUUUGACAAGAUCCAUGAUGAAGAAACCCAAAAGUUUAUUGGAAAAUGUUUGGCAAAUGUCUCAGAGAGGUUGUCAGCAAAAGAGCUCUUGAUGGACCCUUUUUUAGCUACGGCCCAUCAUGACUCACCAUUGCCUAGUCCAACUUUAGUUAGCAAACAUACUCAACAAAUCAAUUUCAAUGCAACAAUUGCCAAAGAACAACCUCCAUUGAAGAACGCAACAAACAGCACACACAUGACAAUCACAGGGACUAUCAAUGAAGAGGAUGGCACUGUUUUCCUUAAAGUCAAAAUUUCUAACAAAAAUGGGCACACAAGAAAUAUAUACUUCCCAUUUGACACCAAAAAGGACACUGCCAUUGAGGUUGCAAAUGAGAUGGUCAAAGAACUUGAAAUUAGUGACUUGGAACCAAUAGAGAUUGCUGAGAUGAUUGAAGAAGAGAUAUCAACUAUAGUUCCAACAUGGAGGGAUUGUUGCAGUUCUAAGUAUCAAAGACAACAUAGUUUUAUCUAUGGUGAAGAGGAUGAUCAUGAUAUUAGUAACCACCAUCCUUUCUUCUCACCACCUUCUCGCUCUUCCUCGCAUGGUUCUCUCCCAAUGUUUUGUGCUUCCUACAACAACAAUAGCAACCAUUGUGGGAACCAUUAUUCUUUUGCUCAAGAUUGGCCACAAGAUGAUCUUCAAUAUAUGAACGACGAUGCAAGCUCUCAAAGCUCAACGAAUUCCUUCAAGUCUUUCAAUUACCAUUGCAAUGAUUCAUGCAAUGAAGAUGACCAAGGUACAAAUCAAGUAGUAGGAGAAGAACCUCUUUGUUGCAAUCCGAAGAGUCACAACAAAUGGACAAGAUUUGGUCCUCCAGAAGAGAUGGUGGAGGCUGGUUUCACCAAACAGUUUUGUAACAAGAGAAUGGAUUCUCACACUCACACUCAUAGGAAUCAUCAUGGUCAAAGACAUGGAUGUCAAAGACUUACAAGGAUUAAUUCAUGUGUUGAUGUGAGGAAACAACAACUACAACGAUCAUUGAUGGAGGAGAUGCAAAAGAUAAGGAUGUUCAACACAGUUGGUGCCAUUGAGAAUGUUGGGUUUCAAAAUCCAGAUGAAGGUGGAUGGUUUUCUUCUUGAAUUCAAGCUCCAUGGAUUUUGAUUAUACCAUUUUCUUAUUUUACUGCGUUUGGAGUGUUUAUUAAAUUGAUGUCUUGCAUUAUAUUGUAAUAUAUUUUGUUGAAAAGUGCUCUAAUGUUGUACCAAAUAAAGAAUUUUACUAAUGAAUUUCAAUAAUGUAAAUAACAAUGUGAUACCUGUUUUAUAGAAAA